GGCCCUCGAGCCCCCGGCGCCAGAGGCAUGUCUCCGGCUCCCUGCCGAGCACCUGGAGAAGAGCCGUGGGCCGCUGGCACUGCUGUCCCCGACGCCCACUGCAUCGGGCGGCUCACAGGUGCCCACCGGGUCCCCUCUGGGAGUGGUGGGCUCCGUAUUCCCUCACUGCUCGGUUCCUGGCACCGAUUAAGUGCUCAUCAAAUGGCAGAGGGUUGCUUUGAGGACGGGAUGACAGCGCCUGGCCCGUCGGCGCUCACAGACAACUAAUGAGGCACUCUCUGGAAUUCGGAAGAAAGACCAGACUAGGCUGAUCUUGACGUUCAUCCCCACAGAGAAACUGGAAUUUUAGCAGGAGCUCGGCCAUGGUGAACGAACCCAGAGGGCACGGCGGCCCCAGCCCCCGCUGGGAGGACAACACCAGUGGCAGCGAGAGCUCCAAGGAUAGUUCAAGGUGUUCCACACCGGUGCCGGACCCCGAGCGACACGAGAGGCUCAGGGAGAAGAUGAAGCGGAGGAUGGAGUCUGGUGACAAGUGGUUCUCCCUGGAAUUCUUCCCUCCCCGAACUGCUGAGGGAGCUGUCAAUCUCAUCUCAAGGUUUGACCGGAUGGGGGCAGGUGGUCCCCUCUUCAUAGAUGUGACCUGGCAUCCAGCAGGGGACCCUGGCUCAGACAAGGAGACUUCGUCCAUGGUGAUCGCCAGCACCGCCGUGAACUACUGCGGCCUGGAGACCAUCCUGCACAUGACCUGCUGCCAUCAGAGCCGGGAGGAGAUCACGGGCCACCUGCACAAGGCCAAGCGUCUGGGCCUGAAGAACAUCCUGGCGCUGAGGGGAGACCCCAUCGGUGACCAGUGGGAAGAGGAAGAAGGGGGCUUCAGCUACGCCGUAGACUUGGUGAAGCACAUCCGAAGCGAGUUUGGUGACUACUUCGAUGUCUGUGUGGCAGGUUACCCCAAAGGCCACCCCGACGCAGAGAGCUUUGAGGCGGACCUGAAGCACCUGAAGGAGAAGGUGGCCGCGGGAGCCGACUUCAUCAUCACCCAGCUUUUCUUUGAGGCCGACACUUUCUUCCGCUUUGUUAAGGCUUGCUCCGAGAUAGGCAUUACUUGCCCCAUCCUCCCCGGAAUCUUCCCUAUUCAGGGCUACCACUCCCUCCGGCAGCUUGUGAAGCUGUCCAAGCUGGAGGUGCCGCAGCAGGUCAAGGACGUGAUCGAGCCAAUCAAAGACAACGACGCUGCCAUCCGCAACUACGGCAUCGAGCAGGCGCUGAGCCUGUGCCAGGAGCUUCUGGCAAGCGGCUCGGUGCCGGGCCUGCACUUCUACACCCUCAACCGCGAGAUGGCCACCACAGAGGUGCUGAAGCGCUUGGGCAUGUGGAUCGAGGACCCCAGACGUCCCCUGCCCUGGGCCAUCAGUGCCCACCCCAAGCGCCGGGAGGAAGAUGUCCGUCCCAUCUUCUGGGCCUCCAGACCAAAGAGUUACAUUUAUCGCACCCAGGAGUGGGAUGAGUUCCCCAACGGCCGCUGGGGUAAUUCCUCCUCUCCGGCCUUUGGGGAGCUGAAGGACUACUACCUCUUCUACCUGAAGAGCAAGUCCCCAAAGGAAGAGCUGCUGAAGAUGUGGGGGGAGGAGCUGACCAGUGAAGAAAGUGUCUUUGAAGUCUUUGCUCACUACCUCUCGGGAGAGCCGAACCAGAACGGCUAUAAAGUGACUUGCCUGCCCUGGAAUGAUGAGCCCCUGGCGGCCGAGACCAGCCUGAUGAAGGAGGAGCUGCUGCGAGUGAACCGGCGGGGCAUCCUCACCAUCAACUCGCAGCCCAACAUCAACGGGAAGCCGUCCUCCGACCCCAUCGUGGGCUGGGGCCCCGGCGGGGGCUAUGUCUUCCAGAAGGCCUACUUAGAGUUCUUCACUUCCCGAGAGACAGUGGAGGCGCUUUUGCAGGUGCUGAAGAAGUACGAGCUCCGGGUGAAUUACCACAUCGUGGAUGUGAAGGGUGACAACAUCACCAACGCCCCCAAGCUGCAGCCCAACGCCGUCACUUGGGGCAUCUUCCCCGGGCGAGAGAUCAUCCAGCCCACAGUGGUGGACCCAGUCAGCUUCAUGUUCUGGAAGGACGAGGCGUUCGCCCUGUGGCUCGAGCAGUGGGGCAAGCUGUAUGAGGAGGAGUCCCCGUCCCGCGUGAUCAUCCAGUACAUCCACGACAACUACUUCCUGGUCAACCUGGUGGACAACGAGUUCCCGCUGGACAGCUGCCUGUGGCAGGUGGUGGAAGACACGUUUGAGCUUCUCAACAGGCCCCCCCAGAGCAAGAGGGAGACGGAGGCGCCGUGACCCUGAGCCCUGACACCCUUAGCUUGAGGCCACUGUGUCCCGCCUUCCUCCUCUCCGUCCUGGUGCUCUGGGAGACCCCCGUUCUCCUUCACUUCCCCCCACCCCCUGACACGAUGAUGGCAGCUAGACUGGUGUGAGGAUUCCAGGCUCUGGCCGGACCGGAGGCCGCCCCGCACGGGAGCCAGGUGUUCCCUGCUUGGCGGAGAGUCUGUGCUCCGGUGGGAAGCAGCCCCAUCCCCCGGAGGGGCACGUGGGCGGAACAGAACGCAUCCUCCCUGAGAAGGGUUGUUGCUGACGGAGCCCCUAGGAGGCAGCCUGGGACGGCCAGUGACCUUGCUCUUGGGGCCUAUGGAGGACAAGCAAAGCGAGCAUGGCAGUGGGCUCUGGGACGGCAGAGGAGACAUGGCAAGGUCAAGGCGCUGCAGCCUUCCACCUCCAAGGCGUUGGCAGCCAGGCGCGACCCACUCGGGAAUGAAGGGGUGGACCACUGCCCUACCAGGCGCUGGCCCCUGGAUGGACCUUGGACUGAAACCUAAUAGUUUCAGCUUCCUUCUAGCCGAGAGCUCAGCUGAGUUUCUCUCUUUUCUACAACGCUGCUUUUUGAAACAGUUGUCUCUGUUCCCGUGGCUCGAGAGAGAAAGUGCCUCUUAAGGGUUAAAGGUGUUGGAAGGCUUCCCUGGUGGCACAGUGGUUGAGAGUCCGCCUGCCGAUGCAGGGGGCACGGGUUCGUGCCCCGGUCCGGGAAGAUCCCACGUGCCGCGGAGCGGCUGGGCCCGUGAGCCAUGGCUGCUGAGGCUGUGCAUCCGGGGCCUGUGCUCCGCAACGUGAGAGGCCCACGUACUGAAAAAAAAAAAA